AUAAAGGGUUGCAGAGAGGUGUAGGAGCCAAGCCCGGGCAGACUGGGUCACCCCUGUGGGGAGGAACAUGAGGUUCCUGCUGGCCGCCCUGCUGUCCCUCUGCCUAGGGGAUGUUGGACUGUGCCUGGCCGCCCCUAAGGGGAACGUGCGGUGGUGCUCCAUAUCCUCAGACGAGGCAACGAAAUGCUUCAGGUUGCAGAGGAAUAUGAAGAAGGCAGGAGGCCCUCCUGUGUCCUGCAUCAAGAGAGGCUCCUACCGUGACUGUCUCCAGGCCAUUGCCGCAAAGAAGGCUGAUGCCAUGACCCUGGACGGUGGGCAGCUGUAUGAGGCGGGGAAAGACCCCUACAACUUGCGGCCUGUGGCUGCGGAAGUAUAUGGCACCGAAGCAGAGCCCCGGACACACUAUUAUGCUGUGGCUGUGGUCAAGAGGAGCAGCAACUUCCGGCUGGACCAGUUACGGGGUCGGAGGUCGUGCCACACCGGCAUUCGCAGGACCGCUGGUUGGAGGGUCCCCAUAGGGCUGCUCCGUCCGUUCUUGAACUGGACAGGACCCCCUGAGCCCAUCGAGGCAGCUGUGGCCAGGUUCUUCUCAGCCAGCUGUGUUCCUGGUGCGGAUGGAGUACGGUUUCCCAACCUGUGUCGCCUGUGUACAGGGACAGGGACAAACAAAUGUGCCUUCUCCACCCAGGAGCCGUACUUCGGCUACUCUGGUGCCUUCAAGUGUCUGAGAGAUGGGGCUGGAGAUGUGGCUUUCAUCAAGGCGAGCACUGUGUUUGAGGACCUGCCGGACAAGGCCCAGCGAGACCAGUACAAGUUGCUCUGCCCGGACAACACCUGGAGGCCGGUGGACGAGUACAAGCAGUGCCACCUGGCCCGCGUCCCUUCUCACGCUGUCGUGGCCCGCAGUGUGAAUGGCCGGGAGGAUCUGAUCUGGGAGUUUCUCCAGCAGGCACAGGAAAAGUUUGGAAGAAACAAGUCGUCAGCAUUCCAGCUCUUUAGUUCCCCCCCGGGGAAGAAGGACCUGCUGUUCAAGGACUCGGCCCUCGGCUUUGUGAGGGUCCCCGAGAAGAUAGACGCCGGGCUGUACCUGGGCUUUGGCUACCUCUCCUCCAUCCGGAACAUGGAGGAAAAGGAGGCAGAUGUGGCUGCCCGGCGCUCGCGGGUUGUGUGGUGUGCGGUCGGCCCCCAGGAGAAGAGCAAGUGUGACCGCUGGAGCAGCGUCAGUGGCGGCAGAGUGACCUGUGCCGCGGCCCGCACCACAGAGGACUGCAUCCUGCUCACCAUGAAAGGCGAGGUGGACGCCAUGAGUCUGGAUGGAGGGUUCAUCUACAUGGCGGGCAAGUGCGGCCUGGUGCCCGUCCUGGCAGAGAACCAGGCAUCCCAAGAAAACCCAGGCUCUGACUGCGUGAACAGACCACCAGAAGGGUACUUUGCUGUGGCAGCGGUUCAUGCAUCAGACACUAGCCUUACCUGGAACUCCCUGAGGGGCAGGAAGUCCUGCCACACAGCCCUGGACCGGACUGCCGGCUGGAUCAUCCCCCUGGGUCUGCUCGCCAACCAGACUGGCUCCUGCAGAUUCGGUGAAUUCUUCAGUCAGAGCUGUGCCCCUGGGGCCGAGCCCGGGUCCAGCCUGUGUGCCCUGUGUGUGGGCAACGACAAGGGUGAGAAUAAGUGUGUGCCCAACAGCCAGGAGCGCUACUUCGGCUACGUGGGUGCCUUCCGGUGCCUUGCUGAGCGGGCCGGGGAUGUGGCGUUUCUGAAAGAUUCCACCGUCUUGCAGAACACAGAUGGGAAGAGCUCUGAACCCUGGGCCAGGGGCUUGAACCUGGAGGACUUCCGGCUGCUGUGCCUCGACGGCACACGGAAGCGUGUGACGGAGGCCCGGAGCUGCCACCUGGCCGUGGCCCCCAAUCAUGCUGUGGUAUCGCGGAAAGAUAAGGCUCAAUUCCUCGAACAGGUGCUGCUUGACCAGCAGGCUCGGUUUGGAAGGAGUGGAUCGCGGUGCCCAGAAGAGUUCUGCCUGUUCCGGUCUGAAACCAAAAACCUUCUGUUCAACGACAACACCGAGUGCCUGGCCAGGCUCCACGGCAAAACAACCUAUGAGACGUACUUGGGACGAGAGUACGUCACCGCCACUGCCAACGUCAAGCGGUGCUCCACCUCCCCCCUGCUGGAAGCCUGCGCUUUCCUCAGCCAGUGAGCCCCGCGGGGACACCCACAGUCCCUGGGGUGACCUCCUCAUGUACCUCAAGCCUGACCCUGCGUGCUGAGCCCGAGUCGUCCACACCGAGGAUGAGGCUUCUGGGCCCUCUGCUCCCACAGCUCCCUGCUGGAAGAAAUAAACUUUCUAACUGAAAUGA